CCCCGCGCCCUCCUUCCUUCCUUGCCCGGACGGACGCACUUCCGGCGGAUGGGGGGGGACCCCGGAAACGGAAGUGAGCGGCGGGGCCGACUGACGGUAACAGGGCUGAGAGGCUGUUCACAGAGCAAGUGAAGAUGAAUGCCAGAGGACUUGGAUCUCAGUUAAAGGACAGUAUUCCGGUUACUGAACUUUCAGCAAGUGGACCUUUUGAAAGUCAUGAUCUUCUUCGAAAAGGCCUACCUUGUGUGAAAAAUGAACUUUUGCCCAGUCAUCCUCUUGAAUUAUCAGAAAAAAAUUUUCAGCUCAACCAAGAUAAAAUGAAUUUUUCUACACUAAGAAACAUCCAGGGUCUGUUUGCUCCACUAAAAUUGCAAAUGGAAUUCAAGGCAGUGCAGCAGGUUCAGCGUCUUCCAUUUCUUCCAAGCUCAAACCUUUCGCUGGAUAUUUUGAGGGGUAAUGAUGAAACUAUUGGAUUUGAAGAUAUUCUUAAUGACCCGUCACAAAGUGAACUAAUGGGAGAACCACACUUGAUGGUGGAAUAUAAACUCGGUUUAUUGUAAUCUGUUGUGCUGUUCAUGAAAAUAGAGGGGCUGCAUGUUGUUUAUAGUCAUCUUUUUACCAUAACUUGAUGUACACAACAUUAAAAAUACUGACACAUGA